UCAAAGAGGAAAACUGGUGAUGGAAGUGGCUCUAUGCCUCCACAGAAGAUUCAGAAGGUAGUACCGCCAAGUCAAGGGAGGCAACCUGGGGGACCGACUACACUUCCGCCAUUGACCCCCUCUUCCCUUCCUCCUUCUGCGAGCCUAACUCCUACUCACCAGGGUAGUUCGAGUGAGCUUUUUCGUGCUGUUAGCGACCUGGGCAAGGGGCUUCUUGAGGAUAUUGGCCGUGAUGCAUCGACACUUCAAAGCCUAGACUCCUACCCCCGACUUAGUGUCGAAGUUGUCUUGAAGAGAGGACUCACUCAAUUGAUGAAGUCACUUGUCACCAUUGGUCAUGCUCAGCUUCGAGCCGUAGACUACAAGGAGUUGAUCAAGGUGCAGGACGAUCAACUGGUGGAGGCCAGGUCCAAGCUGGAGCAAGCAGAGAGAACUAUAGCUGAACGGGACGAGUCUCUCAAAAAGCAGGCUCAAAACAAUGCUUCCUUGACAACUCAAUUGGAGAAGCAAUCCCUUGAUAUUAAAGAGUUAGUUCGAGACAAUGAGAGGUUGAUUAGCGAGAACGAAGAGCUGAAGCAAGAAAAAGAGCUUGACUUGAUUCGCUUUGAGGAGGCCAGUUUUGACUGCUUCUAUAAGGUCUGGAAGCUGAACAAGCCUCUUAAUCUUGAUUGUUUCCCCAAGGAGGCCCAGGCAGAGGAUCUUGCCAGAUGUGAAGCAAGAGCCGCUGAAGAAGCUGCCAACCCUCCUGCACUCGCCCCAACCUGCUCUGCUAUAUCAUUUCGAGCGAGAGGAGCAGCUGAUGCAGAGGAGGGAGUCGAUCAACCCUCUAGAGGAGCUCGCCUGUGA